CAGAAAGCUCACAUUACUCCCAUAAAGCACAGAAAACAAGCAGGGGGAAUGUGCAUGUAACACCCCCAUCAAGCAGCCCUCGCAGAGAGGUAUAACAGUAAAUAUCAAUGGCGAUAAAAAGUGAAGGCUUUUCAAACGGCCACACCUCCCAGGAUCUUAGAAAGAAAUGCAACGUGCAUUUAGGACUCGAAGAGGUUUAAAGGUCAAAACACGUCAGAGAGAGUAGACCUAAAACCAUCUUAUAGAUUUGAGCAAUUACCUGAGGAAAAAACCCAUUUCCUAAUAUACCUGACAGAUGCUGAGGAAGUAGUAGGGAAAUGUACCAUCUUGUAUGAUAAAACACAAUAAAAACGUAUUCUGACAGGAGACCAAUGACAUUUAAAUUGUAAAAAGCUGUUUUCAUCUUUCUCUCCAGACAACAUUAAUUAGAAAGAGAUCCAUACCUAUGGCGGGUAUUAUCCAAAUGAACUGGAUAAUCCGCAGACCACUUGAAUUAAAAAAAAAAAAAAACUUUUGUUUGUUGAGGGCUCAAAUUAUUUGUCAAAAAACAGAAAACUUAAGUUUCUCAAUUGAAUAUUAUCACAACAUUAAAUGAUGAUUCCAGAAUCACUAGAAUUGGAAAGGGAAGCAAAAAGUGUACUGUAUAUUAAUGGCCUUCCUAUUGUAUCUUCAGCUUCUGCUGAAAUAAGUAAUGAUUCAAUAGGAGAGAAAGGGAAUCUUUCGAAAUCCCCAAGAGAUCUGAGGAACCAGGAAAAAUGUGAUUUCCAGGUGGAAUGAAUAGAAAAUUGACUAAGGUCUAGAAGACCCAUGAGGGUGGAGGGAUAGAGCUGUGGGGCGGAUGGUGGGGAGGGGCCGUGGUCCAGCCUCCUCCUCUAUUACUCCCUCCUCCACCCUCAAGAGCCCUUUGUGACCAGACCACAGCUCUAUGAUGUAGGCCUAGGACUUCAGUCCCCAAGUACACAUCCUGUGUUCAGUUGCCUGAAGCCAGCAAUGUGAUUCAGAUGAUGGAGAAUCCUCUCUUUUCUCUGAAAAGCACUUUUGAUACUUGGCUGUACUCCAGUCGCACUUCCUGGGCGAGUGCCACCAUCCUUGGCUUUCUGUGUGGACUGGGGCUCUAUUUCCUGUUACUCUCCUACCUCCAGAAUAAUCUAUCUUCACCACCUCCUAGGAAACAUGGAAACAUCACGAAGCAUCAGACGGAGUGGAGGGGGAAACACAAGGUUAAGAUGAAAAACAGAGCUUUGAAAGUUUUCAGAGAUUGCCUGGAAGACCUGGAAGAGGUUCGGGCCCUGACUUCACUUCUACAAAGCCACCUGGGGAGGCUCCCUGACAAGGGCAGCUCUCAUCAGCUCUCCUAUCAAGACCCCCCUGGUGAGGUGUGCAGAGCAGCGUCUGCUGGAGCCCACCAGCCCUGCAGGGAACCUGCAGAAGAGGCUGUUCCUGCCACGUGCCCAUCAGCUGCCCUGGCUCCUCUGACCCAGGGCUCUUUACCUGUGGCCUCCACCCUGUCAAAAGAACCUCAAGACCAAUCCAACUUGAAGAAAAUCACCCUUGACACUGUUGCAAAGAGUUCACCUCCAGGUAACUCUUUUUUGGCAUCUACCAUCGCAGCCAUCUUGAGUCUUGGCCUCACAUGCUAUCCCAUUUUGUUCCUGUCCUUCUGGUGGAAGACUACCAAGGCCUUGUUCUUCCCCACCUCAUCACAGAGUGAGUCCCGGCAAGAACACCUGUCCCACCAGCCACCAGGGGCCCCGUUCCAGGAAGAGCCCACAGACAAGCAGGUAGAGACUGGUAGCCCCUCACUUGUCAACCCUGAAGUCCAGAAGCUGCUGGAGAUUCUAAUCACCAAGAAAGUAGAACUAAAGAUUCAUAAGGGGACAGAAAAGGAUGGGUCAUUCUCGGAACAAAUGAGCUCAGACUACCACCUGAACACUUUAGGGAAUGUGUGGAAAUCACUGGGUGCUGAGCAGGACAACACAACCCCUCAAUCUUUCUGGAACAGGAAAGACAAAACAGAGCAGCUACCCGGUCCUCGGCAGCUCUUACACUCCGAGGUCUUGAGGGACCACUUGGAACUGACAUACACCCAGCUCUACUGGGGUCACCCCUCUCUGCACAGCGAGUCCCUGGUGGCUACUAGGAGCUCUACUCAACAGCAGGCACCCUUUGUUUUAUUCAGUGGAGUUUCUAAUGGCUUUCCAGCUUCAAUUCAACCUAGAAAACCUUUAGGUCCUUCCCAGGUCGCAGUCUUGCCCUGCCCGGGGGUCCCACCCCAGCCUUUCACUCAAAACUUGCCUCUGUGCCAGUCCCCACCUCUGGCUCAGAUCCAGGCCCAGCUCUACCUCCCAUCUUCUCUCCCAUUCAGACCACUUUAUUCUCCACCCCAGAUGAGUACCUGUGGACUAGAUUGUCCUACAUUUCAGAACAAGACACCAUAUUUUAUCCCAACUGAAACUCAAUGUCUGAAAUGCCCCUUGUUGCAGAAGCAACUGAAAAGUGGGAAGCCUUCAUCCUCUGUGGUCAAAAGAUCUCAGAAAGGCUUUAGCCAACUCAGUCUCAACCUUCCCCAAGAGAGGGGGCGCUCUCAGGCCCAAAGGUCAGUUUCUAUUCAUCAUGAGGACUUAAUUGGCCCUGAUCUCCAGAAGCAACAUCUUCAAAAGAGGCUCAUCAAAGAUCAAACCAAGAGGGGCCUGUGCCUCAGUAUCCACCUGUCUCUGUCUCUGGAAUUGAGUUCCUCUCAGUGCCAAUUUUUAAGGACUUAUCAGGCACAGGGCAAGCAGGGACCCUGGCAGCCCUCUGCUUUUACAGGCAAAAGGAGACUGGACCCACAGAAGAUAAGGUCCAGGCGCCCUAGGAGAUCCCAUAGGAAGGGUCAAAUGCAAUUUCAACCAGGGAAGGAUUUCGGCAAGGGUCUAAGGCCAUGUCUGAGGAGGAUCUCAAAAGCUUCCUCCAGGGCCAGGCUCCCAGGGAAGUUUCUGCAAAGAAACUCUGAAAAGGAGUCAGAAAGAUACCUGAUGAGGCCCUUGAUGAGUGACUCUGGAAACUGUUUACCCAGUAGCCCAGAGAAGAAACAUCUAGAAAAAAUCUUGAAAGCCCAUUUGAGCACAAAGUCGACGCAGAUUAAUCAAGGUUUGAUCCCUGUGAUUGUGCGUCAAUCCUGGCUUGCUGCCAACUGUGUUUAUUCUAAGCCCCACCCUCACGAGGAAAUCAGAAAUCCAGCACCCUUGAAGUCUUGGAAACCCUGUGUAAACUCCUCCCGUACGCUUUCCUUCCUCAGUCCAAGCAUUCGGCAGACGCUGGAAGCACAUAUUAUAAGGUGGCGGGUAAGGCACAGGUGGGGCCUACCCAAACAGGUCUUUGAGCCCAUAAAUCUCAAGCCAUGUGGGGCUCAACCCUUGUCCUCUCCAAGGUCCACCUUUUCCCCCUCUGCCACCUGGCAAUCUGGGGCACACUCAAAAGCCAACUUUGCUAAUAAGUUCUUGGGAAAACCUCAGCCCCAUCAGGGAAUGAAAGUGAUAACAAAAGCAACAGUUCCCACCCUGGUGAGUCCCCUCCCUGUUCCCUCACCUAAGCAUACAGAAAUCCAGAGGGCCCUGGGAAAGACUUCACCUGGUGACAGGUAUGGGCCCUCAGAGGCCCCUCUGACUGGACAGGAGGGCAGACUGCCUUAUCAGAUGCCCACAGUCAACCUCAUGGGCAGAAGCUGGGAGAAUGGGACUGUCUUGGGGUUUCCAGCCGCUAGGAAAACCCUGUCACUACCAACAAAGUCAGUUGCCCAACAUCCAAAGGAGCCAUGCCUUAAAACACAGGUGGCUCAAGGCCGUGCCACUGGUGAGCUCCUUCAAGACUCUCACACUGAUGUGCUCCUUCCUGCAGACAUCUUGGCUUCUCAUAGGUCUCUUUCCAGUUCCCAGAGGGAACAUGCUAGUGAGGAUGCGCCAGCUUUCCAGGUGGUGCCACAUGACCUCAACGUGAGUGAACAGAGCAGCCAGGGGCAGCAGAAAUUCAGAAAACCAAAACUUAAGGACUCAUUUAAGAGCCAGAGUGAGAUGUCUGUCCCAACUGAGGAGUGGAGGGGCUUUAAGAGGCUCCAACCUGGAAAGCAUGAAGAAAUGAGGAGCAGCCAGGGACAAGAGGAACCCAGGAAACCAAAAAUUAGGGACCUGUGUAAGGGCCAGUUUGCCUCAGCUGAUGAGGGGGUGGUCUGUGAGAGGCUCGAACUAGAAGAGGAUGAAGAAAUGAACAGCCAGAGCAAGAUGUCUGCCCCAACUGAGGAGCGGAGGGACUUUAAGGGGCCCCAACCGAAAGAGCAUGAAGAAAUGAAGGGCCAGAGGGAGGUGCUCACAUCAGCUGAGGAGUGGAGGGGUUUCACGAAGCCCCAACCAGGACAGCAUGAAGAAACAAGAAGCCAGAGCGAGACGCUUGCCCCAGCUGAGGAGUGCAGGAGCGUUAGGAGACUGCAACCAGGAGAACACGAAGAAACGAGAAGCAACCAAGGACAACAGGAACCCAGGAAAGCAAAGGUUAGGGACCCGUGUAAGGGCCAGUUUGCCUCAAAUGCUGAUGGGGAGGUCUGUGAGAGGCUCAAACCAGAAGAGGAUGAAGAAAUGAACAGCCAGAGCAAGAUGUUUGCCCCAACUGAUGAGAGGGAGGACGAUUGGAGCUCCAAACCGGGAGAGUAUGAAGAAAGGUCUUCAGGACUAAAGGCUUCUCAAGCAAGUGGGAUGAGCCACGCUUCUCAGGUCAGGGAAAGAGGAGAGUCCCUUGGGAGCAAACACCCCCAGCUCUCGCCAGAGAAGAGAGAGCUUUCACCAGAAAGCCAAAAAUGGACAAGGCACUUUCUGCAGUAUCUUAGCCGCAAUAAAAAAGGCAAAGGAACAGAAGAAUCCCUUCAAAAAGGCAAGCCUGUAUCAGCCACUGCUCACCACCAGGAACCAAUCAAAGGCAAAUCUGGUGUAGAGAGCAGGGCUAUUGAUCCUCGGGCGAUUGGAACAGCUGUUGGACAGGUCCUAGUAGACAAACUGGGGCUUCACCAAGGACUCUGUGCCUCAGAGUUAAAUCAGCACCCAGAACAGCUCCAGGCCCCAGCAGAGGGGCAUUCCCACUACCACAGGGUUCUCUCCUCUUCAGAACAGAGAAGAGUGUUGAAAAAUACAGCCUACAGUCACCAAGCCACCCCCAAGGACCACAGCUACCUUAACAACAGCAGGCAUACCAGAGGCAGGGGCGACAAGUUGGCCUUCCCACCCAGGGAACUGGAGUCCCCAGUCAGACCCUGCCAGCAUAGACCAAGGGUGGCAGGUGACUCAGGCCACCUGCGCCAUCAUCCAACAUGUCCUCGAAAAUGUGUUCCCUCUGGUCAACCAGAGCGUGCUUCUCAUGCCUCUCCUGGUAGGAAAGCAGUGCAAGAAAAAGCUCAGUUCAUGCAAGGAAAACCUGCUUCUUCUCAUGUUAACACAUUGUCUAUGUGUUAAUGGCUUCUUCCUACCACAAUUUUUGUUUCCCAAAAUAAAUGUUUCUUCUCAUGAGAGGUGGUGGCCUCUGUCUGUGCCCUGCUGGGGGGAAGGGAAGGGAUCAGGGUCCACUCUUCCCAGGUGCCUGCUUUGGCUUCCAGAUGGGAUGGGGCCAUGGAGGGAGGUUGAUCCCAGCGUGGAAUACCCAUCCUCACCUCAAUUCCCUCACUGCAUUUAAGUUUCCAUAAUAGCAGCAUUACAGAAACAAGCAACAGCAUUCAGGACGUGUCAAGGUGAACUAAACCUAAAGACCUCCCCCUUCUCAGGAACCGGGUCAGUCCUCUCCUGCUCUCUCUCUACCUUGAACUUGUGGGACUGUAGGGGAGGGGUCUGCAGAGGCUGAAAUUCCCCUCAGGCUCCAGAAAGUGUCAGAGACAAGUUCACAUGUCAGAAUAAGGAGGGGAGUUUGGGGGCAGUGCUAGCCCAGAGUCCAGACGUGGCAGAAACCUUGCCCCCAUGUCUUGGUGGGGAUAGAUGAUGCCUGCCCUGGAAGCUCCUUCUCUCCCCGAUGGAGCUGGGAUUGAGGUGGGCCGGGAGCGUCACCCGUCCUCUGUCCUUCUCACACUCUGGAGCAGCGGUGAGGAGGAGGACCACACACUCCCAGGUCUGAGGGUGUGAGGUGACGAGCAUGGAGGCCGCCGAGGGCCGUCCACCCCUGCCCCGGAGGAGAGGACAGCCCUACUCACAGUGCUCACCGUCCCCUGGGGAACGAGCAGGGGUGUGACUGUGUGUGCAGUCACCUCACUGUCUGUCAUGUGCCCCUAGGGUGGGAUGCAGGGGAAGGAGGCAAGUGGCAGAGGCGCCCAUAAAUGGCGCAGUGACCAAGGAGCCCCUGGCGUCCCACCACCGUGUACAGGCCCAGAGAAAAGAAGUCAGGGGCCAGUGGCUCAUGGUGGCCCCAGCCCAGACUCUCCCCCUACUCCAGCUCCCAGAGCCCAGACAGAGGGAAGGCCCCUGGAGCUCCUCCACAGACGGCCAGGCUCCCAGAGGCCGUGGAGCCCCCAAGCAGGGAAGGUUCACUUCCCCACAAUGUAUUUAAUCAACUUUCACAGGACUGGGAGCUCACGACAGACUCGCGGUCUGUGACCUUUACCUACACGCGUGGCCCAAGGAGGCCCCCAGGGGACAAGUGGGACUUAACAGGCUCAGGGAC